UUGACAAGCAGUCACGUUACACAUUUUUUUUCAUCAAAAUAAUUAUCUUGUUCUGAAAUAAAUUCAUUUUUCGGUUUAUUAGAAUGCCGCGGCACAAGACACUGGUGACUAUCGGCCACCGCGUCAUGAAGCGCUUCCAUCAGUUGGAUCUGCAGGUGGACAAGGAGUUCGUCAUCUUCGUGGUUCACCUGCUUGCCAGGGAUCAGCGACAAGGUCUGGUUAAAUACGACCUGAAUAAACCUACUGCCUGUGCUAUCGACUCUUUCGUAAAUACAAUUGUGGAUAGCUAUGUGAACCCGAAGAAUUGUACAAUGGCGAAUAUGAAAAUGGCGUGGGUGAUGAAGAAAGGAGUAACUAUAGACCUUGAAUACGUCAAGAAGCAAUACGAGGAAAAGUUCCAAACCGAACUGCAGGUGCUUAUUAGGGAUAUUCUUCAGUACCCAGAGACCUGCAAUAAAGUGCAGCUGGACCAGCUCUUCGCCAAGAUGCAGGUCUUUAUCGUAGCCUGCUACAAUCUGGGAUCGCCCAAGAACCAUGUGCUGCUUAAGCUGACGGCCCAGGCUCUGAACAGCGUGAUCGGGCGCAGUGAUCUGCAGAAUUAUGUUCUAAAGAAGAAGUACCAUCGGCUGGAAUACCUCCAGAGAUUGGCGGCCACUGUGGGUGGCAUUGUAAUCUAUAACAACGAUGGCCCUGAUGGGGAUCGGGAGAAUGUAAGAAGUGUGGUUAAUGAUCUGGAAAUGGCGCAAAAAAACACUGAAGCCGCCUUUUCAGCCAGUAUGGAAAAGGCUGUGAAGAUGAGAUCCAUCUGCCAGGCGGCCCUUGAUGAUCUCAUAGAGAUUGAUCACAAGGACGAGACCUUGACCUACCGUGUGCCUCUCGAACACCUGGAGCGUCUGAACCAGUUCUCGCUGACCUACUUCAUGCAACAUCGCUGUCUGACCACUCUGAACGAGAGCUACCUCAGCACAGUGUACCUCAUCGAAGUCGAACAGAAGCGCUAUGACUGCGUGAUCGCCAAGAUAAACGAUGCCCUCUCAAUGCGUACCGCCAUCGAUUCGGAGCUUGUCUUUCCGCACUUUGUGUACAUCUCCCAAGUUUGGGGCAAUCUUAACAACUUCCUGAACCACAUUGUGGAGUUGAACAAACUUAGGGAGCAGGUGGAGGCGUUGGUCGUCGACGAGUUGAUGACCCUGGUCAAGGCUACUAUUGCCGAACUUCAGGCCCUGAAUAAGCGUAUAAAGAAGCCUAGGGUCUGCACCUUUGAGGAACGCAUGGAUGCCGUGAAGGAGCUGCAGACGGAUGGCAACUUUUGCAACCUGAACAAGGCGGAUAUAAAGGAGUUUUGCUCCCUAGCCAUGACCAUAACGAACGGAUUGCUUAUGCCGGCCCAAGUAACUAGAAAACUUUGCUCGAAUGUGGACAUUACUUUUGGAUUCCGGGACCCCAGAUAUGCUCGAUUCGCAGAGCUCCGAUUUGAGCCUUUCAUAGCUGUCUUUAGGCAAGUGGUCUUUAACAGUGCCAACCUGGCACUUCUCUUUAAGCUGGACGAUGUGCUGAUAGCCCAGGAGCUUCAGGAUUUCGUUGUUGAGCCGCCAAAGCAAAAGAACUUUGAAUGUCAAACGGAAAUGGUCGUUACCAACGACCUAUCGCCGGCCAACUGGAUAAACGUAACAUGGAAUGCGUGGGACUACCAUCGGGAAACUAUCCACUUGGCUAACCUCCGUAAGAAGCAAACGAACGACAUGCAGACUAAGAUCAGCUACGGGCAGCGAAACGCCCAAAACCAAACCUACAACACUCGACAACAUUUGUGAUGAGGACCAAAUCUGCACUCACCGGUUUUUGAUCUUGUUAAGUCGAAAAACCCGAAAACUCGAUUGACAAUGAAGUAAAUGUAGUGGUCCUGCCACACCAGGGA